CAGAGGCACCAUUCCUCAUAGCACUCAUGCGUUAACGUACACAAAAUGGAGUUUAGGCGAUUCUAUCGCACUGGCGCAAACGGCCAUGGAAGUCGAUCCCCGCCAUCCGAAUCCACGGCUACCGCAGGAGCUCCUCGAUAACAUCGUCAAUUUCUUACAUGAUUCUCCCAAUACUCUCUCGACUCUCUCUCUUACAUCAAGACGCCUUCAUUUCACUGCUCGCCGGUCACUCUUCCGUUCGCCCACCAUCAACACUUCGCAAGCGCCUCUCGUAUCCUUUCUUCGAAUUCUGCGCGAGGCCCCUUUGCAUGUGAGGUUCUACGUCGAGAACCUCACCCUUGUUCUGGAAAAUACGAUAGAUCGCGACCAUGACUCCCCGGAGUCCGUGACGCCGCUUUUGAUCGCUUCCCUUCUCCAGCUGCUCCCUAACCUUUGCUCGCUGACCCUUGACAGGGUCUUGGCACUGCACGAAAUUGACUUAGAUGGAGGGCCCGGGCAGCGAGCAACGCACAACCUGGAGCGACUAUCCCUAGCCGGAAUGAGGACGCUGGUCGCAGAUGUAUUCCGCGACUACCUUCCGGACUUUUUGCUACCCGGCAGCCAGGACUCCCUCAUCAGCGACAUUAUGAACGACUCUCCCUAUGUUCCUCAUGUAGAGAGCACGCCGCGAGCACUCACACUACCCGAUUCUCCUCACAACCUUGCCAUCACUCAUAUACGGAUUGACACGCCCCCACCUCCGCACAACUGGCUGCAGGCGUUCGCGCGCACGGGGAUAAUGCCAAGUUUUGUUUCUUCACUGCAGUCUCUAGACGUGUCUUGCCGGUGUGGCCUCGAGGCUGGCCACAUAGGCAACUUCCUGCGACUUGCCGGGCCUACUCUCCUGCGACUCGGCUGCCGCAUACACCCCAAUGUUGUGGUGGAGACGAUCGGUUAUGGCCGCACCUUCGACCACGUAGUUCAAUAUUUGGCUAUUCGCGAUAGCUGUCCCAUACUCCAGACCAUCGUUGUGCGAUUCUCUGCGCACAAGUUCGAAAACCUCGGCCCGGCACUGUUCGACCUUCUCGCCUCACUUCUCGCACAGCUGCCGGAGUCCGUUCGUUCAUUCGUUCUUGAGCUUGACCUGGGCCAUGACAUCGCGCGUGCGGGUGCUCCCGUUUGGGACACUAUGCGGGGCGAGUGGGUAAGGCUCAAGGACGUGCUCGAGCGUGUUGGGGUUGUGCGCCUUGAGCUCAUUUGGCGAUAUUCUCUGAAUGGAUUAGGUGUCACGGAGGAGUUUUCAAGCAUGGUGCUUCGGAUUUGCCAAAUAGAAUCGCCGGGUUUAUGCGCAGCGACGCCUUCACAUUGGUGUCUUACUGGGAGAUAUACUGACCAGCAUUGUAGACUGUUGUUUGAUAGUUUCGUUUCAUUUACUUCACCCGUAGCUAAUUAAACUGCAUUACAGAAUAUACGCGCCUGUGAUUUGUGCUUGCAAGUAUUUGAGACAUUCUGGAAGCGACGAGAACUCUUCAGCACGUGUAAGCCGGCCGCAGGGUCCUGUUAUGGAUGCGAUGCGUUAUCGC